GUGGGUGGGAUCACUUCUGUGUUGGUACGUGGAUUGCCAGUCAAGAUGGCGCGAGGCCUUUCGCCGGCCCUUUUUCUCUCGAUCCUCUCAGCUACGGGCUCCUUUGCCUUCAAUUUCGGGCAAGUUUCCCUUUCGAACAGGAGUCAUGGAAGAACACUGCGUGGGCGCUGCCGCCGCCAGCUUGACAUGAUGUCAUCGUCGUUGGACCACGCCGCCAUUUUCGUUGACGAGGAUCGCUUGCGCGACGACGGUGUUGGCGGGGCCAAGCGGGCACGUCUAGCCGAGAGCCUCGCAUUGGAGUUCACAGUCCGCACGGCGGCGAUGGAAGCUGCGUGCGAAACGCAGCUGGCCAAGCAGCGGGCUGCGCACAAGCUGGAGAUGGCGCAACAGCGGGUGCUGUUGCUCGAGGGCAUGGUUCCGCUGGCCGCGCACGACGAAGUGGUGUCGACGAUCGCGGGCGACUUCUCCCGCAAGCAGGAGGAGCUGCGUGCCGAGGUGGAGCAGCGGGACAAGGCUCUGAGUGGAGCAUCCAGGAAUGUCCGCGCAAUGUCGGACAGCCUUGCGGUGCUCAAGCGGGACGUGAUAUCUCUUCGGACAGCCCUAAGCAGCCAGGACGACGCCCGCAGAGAGCUCGCGGCAGAGAUCCGUGAGAACGAGGUCCAGCCGCAGAAGCUCCGCGCAGACGCCGCAGAGAGAGAUCUCUCCGAACUCCGGCAAGCUGCCCACGGCUGGCUCUCCGCCGCCCACGCCUUGAAGCUGGAGGCUGUGGCGGAGGCUCGGGAGAACGGCUUCGCGGAAGGGCGCGGGGAUUUGCUGGAGCAGUUGGAGCGCUCUCACCGGGAGCGCCUAGCGCUGAGGGAGGAGGUGCUGGUGGCGCGGACAGAGGCGGUCGAUGCGAUAGCGGCGAUGGGGGAGGCUGGGGCAGCGGCGUUGGUGAAGUCUCGCGACGUUUGGAGGGCGGAGGGGCGCGCGGCGGCGGAGCAAGAGCUACUGGCGGGGGAGGAUGUGGCGGCGGAGGUUCGGGAAGCGUUUGCGACAUAUGUUGUGAGCGCGCACGAGCAGAGGCUUGCCGCGGUGGCGCGGGAGAGGGAGCGGGCGGGGGAGGCGGCCCGAGAGCUUUCGAGGGAGCUCGCAAGGGCGAACGAAAUGCUGACUGCGUUGUCGAAGGAGCGUUCGAUUGAGACGGAGGUCAGGCAUGACCCAACUCUCAAUAAGGUGGCUGCCGUGCCGGCAGCAGCAGUUUCAUCGGUGCCGGAAAACCCCGCUACCACCGCUGCGUUCCGACCGUCAUUUUCUACCUCCGCUACUACAACCGCCGCGGUUUCCCAACCCAUGGAGGGCGGGGCGGCGGCGGCCGCAGCGGCGACGGCGGUUGCGGCGGCGGCGGCAGCGGUGAAGCUGGCGACGAGCUCGUCGUUCUGGCAGGAGUGCGGCGGGGGACAGAAGUGGUGACCACACGAGCAAACCCAGAGAG